AUGACCCGCUCCAACUCUAGGCGGAAAGCAUCGAUGGACGAUGUCAUCCACCUCGACGGAGACGACGAUGACGAUGACAUCCAAAUACUCAGCCCUCGAGAGUCCAGCAGCCGUCGAGAUUCCAGCAGCCGCGAGAUCGAGCGUAUCAUCAAAGACAUGCCAACCUCCUCUGCUCUAGAGCGAAAAGCGGAGCGGACCAGACGCGAGGCAGAAGAGUCGGUACAUAGGGAGCUCAGAGCCGCCGCUCCCAACAUGUUCUACGCUCGCACACACCGAGCAUCCGGAUCAGGCCUCCGAACACAACGACCCCAAGGGCCCAUUCAGCUCGAAGAGCCUAACGAUCGACGCAGGCCCAAUGCGAGAUCUGCAAUCCUUGUGGCGGAUAGUCCUGAACCUGACGUCGAGGUCACGCCACCGUCCAAGCCCAAGCGCAAAGCGGAAACCAAGCCGCGAGGCAAAAUGGUCGAACGCAUGAAGGCAAAACCGCGCUCGCCUGUGGCACAGGACGCCACGGACCACCUUCCCGCACGCGGCGGCGCUUCAAAGAUUGCGCCAUCUCCGUCCUCCCCUCCGCAGCCGACGAGGUCCAGUCAGGAGGUAGGCUCUUCUCAGAACGCAUCGGGAAUCAAAGGCACUUCUGGCGCGAACAAACGCGCGCGCACCGACGCUGGACCGUCUGCGAUAAAGGAAAGCAUCGACUUUGAGGAGCAGUCCGGACAGCCUCUUAAGGUGCCGCUGAAAGCCAUUGUCAUAUCCGACAUCUGGCGAUCGCGAGACACAGACAAUGCCACGGUCUUGUUCCAGAAACACGCAUUCACUUUCGGCGUCGAUCCAGACAAAAUGAUCAAGAUCCAGUUCAGCGAUCUUCGAAAGGCCCAUCUCAGCAAGCAAGACGUCAACGAAUGCGGAGUCUUGUGCUUCUCUCUGAAGUAUGGAUCGGACGGCGCCAAGCUGAUGCAGGACAAGUUCCGCGACUUCGACCCCUCCGCUUCAGGCGGUGCCGACGAGAUUUACCUGAUCGCACAGCACAGUGUGCCAGCAGAGCUGCUUGCUUACAAGAAAGCGGCCCAGAUGGUCAGAGCAAGUCUCGAGCGUGUGCUGGACAAGAGCCAUAUUCAUUGGCUGAACGAGGCCAGUGCCAAGACAAAAGUCGGCACUGUCGACCGCGUCAAGCAAGCCGACUGGCCGAAGCCUUCAAAGACGACCCCGCGUCGUACACUGAUCUUUCCCGGUGCAGGUCGCUUGCCCGAUACUCAAGCACGCCGCGAAACGCCUCGAUCGAGCUUCUAUGAUCCUCCACGGGCAUCGAGGACAAAGACUUUCGAUAUCCAACCUGCGUCACCCAAGGCUGCCGCCCCAGUGUCAAUCGAUAUCGACAUGACAGAUGCCUUUGCUUCCUCCAAAUCGCCAACACUGCCAAGCCUUAAGGUCCCGAAGCAGUACAAAGCGAGCCCCGCUCCUGCUCCUGCUCCAAAGGUGGAGAUCCGCAGACCGCGGGCCUCGUCUGACGGCGUCAUCCUGGAAUAUCCAUUUGACCGAGGAAUGCCGCUGCGAGGCGAGGAUUUCGACCGACUGCUCGACGAGGGGUUCCUGAACGACUUCAAUAUCGAGUUUGGCACCACACAGAUCCAGGAGCAGAUCCGCAAAAGGGACCCGGCGUUGGCAGACAGCAUCCACUUCUUCAACACGUUCUUUGCGACAGUGCUACGAGAAAGCUCGGUCGAACACAGCUACCCACGGCUGCGAAGGUGGGUCAAGGGAGAUCUGUUCUCUAAGAAGUACAUUGUCAUUCCGGUGAACGAGAAUUAUCACUGGUACCUGGCCAUCAUUGUCAACCCAGGCUAUCUCCUGUCGGACCACGUCAAAGACAGCGUCAGCGAGCAAGACAAGGAGGAAGUGGCUUCAGCGCUGGCGAUUCCACCCAAGGCCCGAACACCACCAGUGGCUUUGCCUGAAGGCGUCGUCGACGUCGUCGAGCCUGAGCAACCACGGGAAGCGAAUGCUCCUGGCAGCUCAGAGCCACUCACGCCACCUCUGCCGCCACUGCAUCUACCUCUAUCGUCGAAAGCAUCUGCUUCGCUGCCCGCUGCCAUCGAUGUGGACGGCAGAUCACGGGGCGACACUCCACCCAAAGCGAAAGCAGAACCCGCAAGCUUGGACCACACUUUCAUCAUUACGCUUGACAGCCUCGGACAGAAACAUAUCAAGCUGAGCAACAAGCUCUACGAGUAUCUCUGGCGCGAAGCCUGGGACAAGAAAAAACCUCUCGCCUCGAGGACCGCAUUCCAAUCUGGCGACGAGAAACCAAAGCUGACUACAGCCAAGGAGAGCGAGCAGCCUGGAACACCACCGACAAUGGUAGCCGACCCGCCUGCCGCAAACACCAACGGCGAACAGCCUUCGAACCAGAAGACAGGCGGCCCGAAAGACUCAGCAGACGAGUCCAGCGAGGAUGGCAACGACGUAGGCAACGGCGUCCGAGUGCUGCAGGUGCAGGACGCACGACGCCAGCCCGCACACGCCACAUCCAAAUCGUCAGAAGCGGAAGCCUGGGCCAAGACCUUGCCCAAACCUGUCUACAUCUCUGCACAGGUUCCCGAGCAGCCUAACUUCUGCGACUGUGGCGUCUACCUGCUGCACUACAUCGACCGCUUCUUCCGCGAGCCGGACGAUCUCCUCAAACUCGUGGUGGAAGCCAAGAACGAGAUCACCGACGUGGGCAAGUCGGGGCCGUCGGCGAGACAGCAGGUAAAGGACGAUGUCAAGAGGCGGGUUGCGGCGGCAUGGGAAGCCGGCGAGGUCAGCUCCAAGCGAGCCUACUGGCGCACCAAGCUGGUCGAGCUUUCGGAAGAAUGGCAAGCGUAUAAGAAAGCGAAGAAGGAGGGCGCAAAUCAGGUCGAGACAAGCAAGCCCAAGGUCGAUGGCGAUGAACAGCACGAGCCAAACGGUGCGUCCCAGCAGAGGCCGGCACAGCCAACAAACGGGGAGUCGGACGUGCUAAUGGCGGAUGCGCAGCAAGAGAACACAGCCGAUGAAGUCCCAGGCCUAGACCUAUGCGACAUGUCAUCGUUCGAGAGGACUCUGCACGCCGUGGAGCGGGGAAACGCAUCGAUCGACGACAUCGAGCGUUCCGUCAGCGACUGCGUUCUUGGAAAGGAUCCGGUCGCCAACCGCCAGGACGACGAGAUCAUCGCGCAAGCUCUAGCCAAAGGGAAAGCCUCGGCGUAUCGAGGGCAAAGUCAAGAGGCUAGCAACGGUGAUCAAGAGGGAGGCGGACCUCAGGACGCCACGGCACAAUGGCAUUUCAACUUCAGGGAGACUUCUCCGCUCCACACGGCGUCAUCCGUGACCGAGACUCCUGAUGCAGACACCGAGCCUGCUGCUGCCAAGCAAACGGAGGCCGACCCAGUAUCGCCCACGCUCUCGGCGUCGUCUGCGGCCUCGCCCCGCCUCGAUCGUCAGCAGAGGCAAUCGCAAGAGGAAGAGCCGCAGCAGGCACCGACCACACCCCCGUCCUUCGGCGCAUCAAUAAUGCUACGUAGCCCGUCCAGUUGGUUUCCUUCCCUCCCUUCGUUCGGCAGAAGGAACAGCCGCUCGAGAAGCCGAUCGGGAGAAGCCUCACCCGAGAUGUGA